AGCGCUGGAGAUAUUUGUUUAUAGUGGAGCGCUUUCUUAAAUUGGAGCCGUUUGUCGCAGUCACACGUUCACUCGGAGGUGCUGGAAACGGGACUUGGUGAUCAUGUGGACCUCAGCAGCUUUCGCUCGGAGUUAACGCUCACAUAUCUGCGAAGAUGUGGUUAGCAAACUUCAAAAAUCAGCCGAUAAAUUACGACAGAGAAAACAAACCAAGGGACGAAUAUCAGAAUACGUGACAGGGUAUUGUUUGAGGAUGGAAAGGAGCGCAUCGGAGCGGACCGCGCUGCGGCUGUUUGGGGACAGCGGCAUGAUGCUUCUGCCCUGGACUAAACAGAUCCUGACGGUGCUGUGGGAGCACCUGCGACUGCUGGUCCAGGUCAUCUGCUGCACUUUGAUUUCGGUUUUCCAGAUGUUCAGGUUUGAAGUCCAUCUGAGAAUUACAGACGAGACAGGACAACACAUUCAGCACAUGACAAGUGGGUCAGGAGACCCUUCUGACAGUUUCCUGCUCUCAUCCUUGUUUGAAAACAACAAAAACAUGGUGGUCGGGGGUUCCAGUCCACUUUCAAAAUUCGGCAGGGACCCAUUCGAUGUGAGCUCUCACUCCAGAGCUGUCCUGUCCAGUCUGGUCAGCGAUGAACUCUGUUGCUCCUUGGUGGACGACCUUGUGUCCCACGCAACAGAGUGUCUCAAUGACACUGAAGACCUCUAUAUUGGAGAUCACUCCAUGUGGAAACAUGGAUACGACUGGACCAUAUUAGGAGGAUCAGAGAGGAAAUGCGGAGAGAACACCUGCACGUUUACUGCACAUGUGUCUGGGUUUUCUGCAAAGGAGUUUGUAAAGCAUCAGAAGCCCAUCGGUGAUCCUGAUUCAUGUAGAUCAUCUACAGAGGAGGUUCAAGCUCCAUGUCAAGUGCAGUCAGUCGGUCAAUUCUCAGACAGCGAGUUCAGCUGGGGAAGCACAGACAGCUCUUGUUUUGAAGGAGAACGAGAGGAGAAUGACAAACUCUGGGACCUUCUGACCAGCUCGACUGAUCCAUAUCACCCUCUACACUUCACGGCAUGUUUGUCCAGUGCGAUUCCUGAAAAAAGCAAAACGCAGGUGGUUUUGAAGGCUGAAAGUCCCACUGUAUCACAAUCCACUGCAUCUACAGGCUCCGAUUCUUCCAAACCAGGUUCUGAAGAUGAAGAAGAAGAGGCCUUAUGGAGAUCCCUCUCUCAGAAUCAUGACCCAUAUCACCCACUGAAUUUCAGAGCCCCUCUUCAAAGCUCACCAGCUACAUCAGUACCUUCAAAACAUGAUUCGCCCAGUGACAACACACAAAAUAAAACCGAUAGACUCUUAAAAUCUUCAAGACGCUCAAAGCCGCAGUUGCCAUCAAGUAAAGUUGCUCGCCAUUGCUGCCACAAAUUACCAGUUGAGACAUUAUCAGUGGUGCCAUGGAUAAGACCUGUUGGUCUGACUGCUCUUCAGGGCAACCAAAGGAAAUGUCCCAAUUUUAAGAAGGUGAAAUUCUCUCCUAUCGUACAAGUCCACAAGAUGCAAGCUUGGUCCUUUGCUUUUCAAGCAUCUCGUAAGGGACCGUGGGAGGUGUUUGCACGGGACAGAGACCGUUUCCGAAAGAGAAUCUGUGAAACUGAGAAGGCCAUUGGCUACUGUUUUAGUUUGUCACACAGGGAAAAGCUGUGGGCCUAUAAGGACAGAGUACAGAAGAAGUAACCAGCCCUUGAUUGGCAAAAAU